CCACGAUUUUGAUUGAGAUCACGUAUCUGGGCUUCAGUUUUGUCGCUAAGGCAAGUUUAUUCCUAUACAUUCUAUUCUAAUAAUGGGAAGAAGUAAAUUACAAAUAUAUGGUCCAAAUGGUGAAAUUUAUCAACCUACAUUAAAACUUCAAUCAAAUACUAAUCCUGAAAAAGAUGCUGAAGAGCUUUAUCAAGCAAUGAAAGGAUGGGGUAAAUUAUUGUUAUAACUUGUGACCUGUAUGCCCUAUUAAUGUAUAACGUAAUGAUACUGCCAAUUAGAGAGCAGUGAAUUAUCCAUUGGACCAAUGAUGUGUAAAACACGUACGUACAGUCUAGAGUCCUUAUUGGUCCUGCUUCCCGCCUAGCCCAGCCAGUUAACACUAGAAAACCAAUCUCAGCCUCUGUGAUAUGAAUCAUUUCUUUUCAAACAUACAGGGUUUAUAUACCAACCAGACAGACUACAAAGUACCAUAAAAUAUGAAACAACAUUUCUACAAGAUUUAACCAAAAGUGGCUAUGUAUGUAGGAUGUAAUAAUUUACAGACAGGGCAUAAUUCAAGAAUGGUAAAUCGUAUAGUAACAACUUAUAGAUCAAAAUAGAGCUUAUAAUAAGAGGAACACGAAUAUGUAUAGUUUAGUUAUAUAACAAUUAUGCGACAAAAAUAUACGUUUAGUAUUAGUCCACAAAUGGGUCCCUAAAGUUACCAUUCAUUAUUCUCGUCGGUACAUAACAAUUAUACAGAGUUUGUUUGUUUGUUUUAAUUCCCAUCAAACAUUAUUGUUCAUGUAACUGGUGGUGUAAUUUAUUCUAUUUGGAAACCCUUAAUUGAAUGUACCUACAUCCUAGAUUUGAUAUUCAUUUCCGGACUCGAACAUUAGUACGCUUCACUUCAGAUGUCAAUCUAUUCUUUACUAAUUUAUUUCACGAUGGUUACAUUCAGGUAAUCCUUAUAGGAUGUAUUACAGCAAAUUAAGAUUGAUCAAAUUUCAGUUAGAAAUAUCAACCAUCGAAAAAUUCAAAUUAUUUCAAUGGUUAAGAUCACGAGUCAGUUGAAGCUAGACCAUCAUGGAAAACCUGGAAGCAGUAAACGGCCGUUUCGUCCUAUUGUGGGAUCAUUGAAAUUACUAUAAUAUCCACAAAAACCCAUUAUAAUAUGAAUCAACAUAUGCUCAUUAGUGACUGGCUUCAAGAGGUAUAUCCUGGAGUUCUAGUGAGAAGUAAUGACCAGUGGAGUUCAACCAGGUUUUUUUGUGAGAUAGUAACUCACUGAAGACGAUAGUGGAUGUGUCGCUCAAUUUCGUGGAUUAAUUGAAGUUAGACAUUAACACCGUCGGAUGCCGGAUCAGUGAUCGCGCGUGGAUACGCACUGCCGUGGAGUCUCAUACUAAAAUAAAAUGGUCGUCCAGUGCUUCCAAGUGUUCCUUGGUGGACUAGGUUUCACUGACUCAUGAAUUCCACUAUUCAUCUAUUAUAAUAUCCAUAAAACCUCUUUCUGAUUAUGAUUUAUCAGUUAUCUGCACUCUAAUGAAUCACAACAAAGUUAUAUAACGAUAUCGUUUUCUUAGUUUAUGAAACUAAUGAAUCUAAUUAAUAACAAUGAAUGUGGAAUGUUACCUUUUAAUAAAGAUUUUUUUCAAUGAUUUGAACUUUUAGUACUUUUUUUUAAUGAAGGUCAUUCAAUGUUCAAUGAUAACUAGUACGAUGUGGGCUGAUUGUACAAACUAUAAAUUCAGACACACACACACACUUACUCUCUCCAUAUAUAUAAAAAUCAGUGAAUUUUGAUUUAAUAAUGUAAGCUAACUUGAUGUUGUUUAAGUAUUUGGCACCAUCGUUUAUACAAUGAACCUUAAAUAAGCAUUAGUCAUUAGUAACACAAUGCGUUAUCUUGAUUUUAGUAACUAUGUAAAUGCAUGUUACAGUGCAAAUGAACAGAAUAUUGUUUUCAUGAAUCAUUUUGGUUUAAUUAAACCAUUGUUUACUGGAAUGUUCUUGAAUGAUGUUUUUUUUCUAACAAAUUAGUAGUAUUGUAGUGAAUGAGAACAAACAAGGGGGGGGUAACCAAAUGUACUUGAACAUACAAUUGUAGAAUGUCUUAGUACAAUUUAAGAACUAUACAGUAUAAUAAUUCAUUUGCAAAAUGUCAAUCAAUCGUCUUAGACUUCAUUGUUCGUUCGUGUUCAUUCUCUUUUCUCAUUCUCUUUUCUUCGAUCUCCUUAACCAUCUACCUCCAAGCAUUUCGCUUUCGAUUGACGAUACACAUACUACUUAUAUAAGUCGGCAUCAGUAGCACACGCCAAAAUAUGAGUAUCUAUAUUAAUAACUUCAGCUAAUGUAAUUGUUGAUGUUAAGAAUUGAAUUUCGAUCAUAAAAUUUAUUCCAUUGGAUAAGCUCGAGAACGGGUAGCUUGAUAGUAAAGAUACUAGGUUCGAGUCUCGUAGUGAGUAUUGACUAUUGAGAUGCAGGUAUCCAUUUCACUUUCGAUUAGCGAUACAAAUACUACUUAUAUCUACUGAUAUUAGUAACACACACCACAAUAUUUUUUGUUUAUCUAGUUGAACUUUUGUAUGAGUAUUAAAUAAAAAUUGUGUUUGAUGUUCAAUACUUUUUUCUUGUCUGGUUAAAUAUCUAAGUCAACAAAUAUUUUAAGGAAACAAUACAAGUUGUAGAGCAUGAUUAGAAACACAAUUUGUCGCUAUAUAAGCAGAGAUGGGUAGUCACUAGGAAUAAAAUCCAUGACUCGCGUUUCGUCCCACUUGAGACUCUUCAGCCAGAUGCAUCUGAAUCCCAGAGUUGAUUUUCACUCGAGGACUCGAGCUCAGUACCGUUUGCUUUAAUAAUAAAUAAGAGACUAACCCAUUACAGUCUUAAACAUCAAUGUGAAGAUUCAAACAACCAAUAUAAAAAUGGAUUCAUUUGUCAUUUUGUGUAGAAUAAAAUUCUGAUCUGGUAACUUGUGUACAUUUUGCACAAUCGAUCCCAUUUUCAGAUGGAACAUCGAGCAGGGUUGAUGGUAAUGAUAUUCAUACAAACUUCACGUUCUUCCAUUACUGUUGUUAUUCAAACUGCUUCUGUUUUUCUGUAUCUUCUCUUUAUAUUUCUCUUCUUUUGUUAAGAAUCGUACCUCCAAUUCUUGAUACAUACUACUUAUAUGUGCCCGUACAAGUAGCACACACCCAAAUGCACACAAAAUAUGUGUACAUUAAAAAGAUAGAAAGCUUGAUAUUGAUAUAGUUUAUAAAAAUAUACAUCCAAAUCAUUUACAUCUUAGAUAUUGAAAAAGAAGUAUCCAUAAUUUGAUUACAUGUCCUACUUUUGGUCUUCUCUUGAGCUUUGACUUUCAAAAUUAUUCUAAAAUUUGUAGCUCCUUCUAAUGCUACAAGAAAGUAGUGAGUAGGAUUUACCUGUCAAUGGUUGUAUGUAUGUGGCUAUGUGAGAGCAUAUCAAGAAAGAGAGCUGACUUUCCCCACUCUCAGAAUACUAGGACGAAAUGGCCAUCCAUCGCAUAUAGGUUUUCAAUGAUGAUCUAGCAUAGACUGAUGCAUGAAUUCAACCAUUAAAAAGGAACGACGAUGAAGAUCAUAAGUUUAUCAAUGUGAAUAUUCCAAGUUUAUUAAAACAUAAAAAAAGAUAUAUCAAUAGUAGUGAAUUUCUCUCAUUCUCAUUUGCCUUGGACCCCCCCCUCUUUCAACAAAACAAGUUGGUGAAGCGUACUAGCCUUUUUUGAAGAAAAACAAGCUAUAUUGAAGCACGACACAACUAUUUUGGCUAGAAUAGCUGUUUUUGUAAUCGGUUGGAGUUUGUCCCAUAGUGGUCAACCCCCUACUUUUGUCGUUUUUCAAUCCAAGAGUAAUUGUGCUGUGAUUCUUUGUGGAUUACAUAAUCAAUUUGUGUAUAUCGGUCGAGUGAGUGAUAAGCCCGAUCUCUACCACUCCGGGUUACCACUCACGUUAGUUCAUGGGAUUGAGUCUCAAUGCCGUGAACAUGAAUCAAAACUGAAAAAAAUCAUUUGAUUAGAAAAAAUAUAAGAUUUUUCGGAUAUUGAAAUAUGAUUACAUAAUAAUCACCUGGCAACCUUACAAACAGCAACAGUAUUUUAACACUGUACUAUGUGGUGUUAACACUUUGUAGCUUUAAUUGAUUAGUCAAUAUAUAGAAACCAAUGUAAUAGUGUGGAUCUAAGACUAAGUCUUUUAUGCACUGAAAAAUAGACACACUAACAUGUAUAAUGUAGAAUAUGCAUAAUACAUUUUUACACUAUUUACAUAUAUUCAUAUCUGUGAUCUGAUUAUAAUCCAAAUAGGUAGGUAUGUAAUCUAACUAAAACUUCAUACGAUUAUAUGUAGAUGACAGCUCAGACCUACUAGAUUAAUAUUUUUGUCCAGUCCAAAGUAUUGAUCGUCUUACGAAUUAUGACCCUGUCAAUUAUCGCCUCUAAAUGCCCUAGUAUGGAAGAAAGUGGGCAGAGUCAAUUCUCCCUCUUGAAAUGCUCUUAGAUGGCCACGCGUAUAUAGUCUCUGUCAAGGAAGUCCUACUCACUGCCUUCUCGCACCAUGGCUGUUGUUUAUGAAAUCGAGAGGACGGAAAGCGAAUGUUCGUCACUUAAAUCAGGUUCGUGGAUACGGAGAGUCCACCUAGGGGAGUUGGAAAACCCUCAUUCCGAACCAAUGGUACACAUUAACUCCAGUACCAUGAGGAAACAAAUCGUGUAUAAAAUAAUUAUUGGCCACCGACUAACAUGGGACUGCAUCUCCUGAUGUUGUUUCACUGCUAUGUGGAUCAGACCUUUAAUUCAAAUGCUGCGGAUGUGGUUCCCUAAGAAAACCACCUGUUUCCGUUUGGGCACCCAAGUAGUAUCAUAGUCCUCACACAAAUCAAAUGAGAUUUGUGUGGCGCAUAUGUAUCUGGUGCCCCUCUUUGUAUCAAUAUUUCGGUGUUCAAAUAACUAACGAAUAAACUAUUAAUUAUUAUAUGACGAAGUUACUAAUCAAAAUACUAACUUAUAUAUUAGACCAUAAAUGAAUCCCAAAAGUUACCAUUCAUUAUUCUUAUCGGGAUAUAACAAGUAUCAUUUAGUGUUAAUAUAACAACACAUAAUGUAAUCAUCAGUAUUGUAUUUGAAUUAAAGUGUAUAUAAAGUACUACUGAUAUGUGUGAUUAUUAUAAGCCAUUGAUUAAUUAAAGUAGUAACUACGUCUUCUAUGCGGUUAAAUAUUGUUGUUUUUUUUGGUUUCUAUGGUAUGUAUUGUAUCUAAUUUCAAAGACAUUAACAAAAAUUAUAUCUAAGUGUAUAGUUAAGUUAUAUGUUCCACAUAAUAUAAAACUUAAUCCUUGGAUUUUACUAUGAUGUAUAUUUCUUAUGUGGAUAAAUAUAAGUAGUAUAUAGCACCGGUCGGAAAAGAAGUGCUUACCAACAGACAAUUUAAAUGAAGAUAAUAGGAAGAAAGAUGUGCAAUGUAUGAUUUUUAUAUGUUACAAAUGUACUGUAUGAUUUCAUAUCAAACAAUAAAUUGGUUUCACUGACAUGCAACCAUUAUCGAAACAAUAAAAGUAUUUGUCUACUUAAGAAAUUCAAUGUCUAAUGGUCGGAUACCAUCAGGAACAGACUAUUGUGAGAGAGAACAAACCAAAUUCCAACUAAAGAGGAAAUCAGAAAAGGAUGCUUGAAGUGAAUGUGACAUAUAUCACAGGAAUCAUCAUACUGCAUCACGAGGCAAACUCUUACUUGGAAUCCUGAAGGGGAAAAGAAAAAAGGAAGACCAAAGAACACAGUUCACCGAGAAUUGAAAGGAGACAUAAAAAGAAUGAAUAGAAACUGAAAACAAAUGGAAAGAAUUGCUGAAGACAGAGGGUUGGAGAAUGCUUAUGGUCAUCUUAUGCGCCUCCACGAAGGUUAACAUAUGAACUGAUGAACAUCGUAUCAUUAAUGUUUUGGGUUAUCGUAAUUCUAUUCAACGAAUUCAAAUACGAGAAACGUUUAAAGCAAUGUAUGGAAAGGAUUUAAUAGAUGAAUUAUCUAGUGAAACAAGCGGUCAUUUUAAAAAACUACUUAAAAUGUUAUUAACUGAUAUAGAUAUAGUGAAUGCACGUGCCUUAUACAAAGCCAUCAAUGGUGCAGGUACUGAUGAAGAAACAAUCAUUGAAGUUUUAUGUACAUCAACUAAUACUGAAAUUGAAAAUAUUAAACAAGCUUAUCAAUAUGUUCUAAAGGAUUAUGGAAUCAGCGAUCCUAGACGAACUUUAGAAACUGAUGUUCAAAAUGAUUUAAGUGGACACUUUCAACAUCUAGUCGUUGCAUUACUUCAAGCUAGUCGUGAUGAAAUUUCAUAUGAAGAUGUUGAAAAAAUUAGUACAAAAGGAUUGAAAAGUGUAGUGAAUAUAAAUCAAGUUGAACAAGAUGUUGAAACAUUAUGGAAUGCUGGUGAAGCGCAUCUAGGAACUGAUGAAUCUGCUAUCAUUCGAAUUGUAACCGGUCGAAAUGUUUGGCAUUUACAAGAAGUUGCUCGUCUGUUUGAAAAGAAAUAUGAGAAAACAUUGGUCGAUUCAUUAGCAUCUGAAACAUCUGGAGAUUUCGAAAGUGCUCUUUUAUUAAUCUUAAAUACUUGUUUAAAUCGUCCAAAAGCUUAUUCUGAUUUAUUGUUGAAAGCAAUGAAAGGUGCCGGUACCGAUGAUUGUACACUAAUGCGUAUUAUUGUGACAAGAAGUGAGUUUGAUUUAGGAAGUAUUUGUUCACAAUUUCAAAAUGAUCAAGGCAGUUCACUUGAAGAUUGGAUACGUAGUGAAACAUCUGGAGAUUAUUGCCGUCUUCUAUUAGCAUUAAUUGGUGCUGAUUGGCAAUAAAUAUGAAUCAUAUAAAUCUUUAUUAAAAUAAAACAAAAUUCAUUAAACAUAAUUCAUUUUGUUUAAAUAAAUUAUUAACAGAUUCAAUGUUCAAAAAAUGCUUUGUCAUUUUUUCAUGUAAUCGAUUUUGUUUUUGUUGUUGUUAUGUUUGAAUUGUUUCAUUUGAUGCUAUUUAUUUCGUCACUUCAUAACUAUCUUCUUCAUGAGUACUUUUAAAUAUAACAUUUAAUUGAUAAGUACUUCAUUG